CGUCGUCGUCGUAGUCAUCGUCAUCAUCGUCAUCGUCGUUGUCGUUGUCGUCGAACGAUUUCUUUCAGUUGCGCCACAACGCGCACUAGAAGUGGUAGAACUCUUAUUUAACAUGGUCGACGAGCCGGCCAGUGCUCAGUCGACCGCCGAGAGUAUAUUAGACUUAUUCUCACAUUUUCUCUUUCUCUUUAUCUUUAUCUCUUGUUAUCCCUCGUCUUCGAUCAUUUCAAGUAUCAAGGAGAAAGUAAUCAAAGAAAGAAAAAGAUUAUCCUGUGAUCAAUAAAAUAAAUCAAUUCGAUGGUGUGUCAAUUAAAAAGAUAUUCUUGCGAAGCAACAUGAUGAUCAAUAUUUGGACAAUAUUUUUUGGAUUUCUUCUUAUAAUCAAAUUCUCCGAUGGAUCUCCAGACUUCAGUUACGAUGGAAAUCAUGAUAUUAUUGAAUACUUGGGAUAACCAGAAGACGUUGAAUAUAUGGAAUUCGUUUUGUUCAUUUCUUCUUUCUUUCUUUUUUGUUUUUUAUUUUUUAAUUUUUUUUUAAUUCUUUUUUCUUUAGGUACGUCGCAUUGGGGCAUCGAUUAUCAUUCCUGCGUUGGGAAACAUCAAUCACCCAUUAACAUUGAGGAACACAAUGUAAAGAAUGUCUCCCUAAUACCAUUACGUUUUGAAAAAUUAAAUAUACCACGUACCUCCUUCAUAACGAACAACGGACAUACCGUGAUGAUUAAGACGAAUGAGUUAGAACCGGCUAUCGUUUCUGGUGGACCUCUUGGUGACAACAAUUACAUUUUCGAACAACUUCAUUUUCAUUGGGGUGAGAAUGAUACUAAAGGGUCUGAAGAUCAAAUCAAUAAUCAUUCGUUCGCUAUGGAACUCCAUGCUGUAUUUUAUAAACAGGAUUAUAAGUCGAUGACCGAGGCGAUGAAACAUCCGGAUGGACUUGCCGUCUUUGCAUAUUUCUAUGAGGUAGCCGAUAAAGAGAAUCCAACAUACAAACCUAUAGUUGAAGCAUUACCAACGAUAGAAGAAGUUAAUAGUAAGCAUGAACUUAAGGAGCCAUUAUUAUUGGAACAUUUAUUAAUAACGAAUAUUUCAACAAUGCAAAAUUAUUUUACGUACAAUGGCUCUUUAACUACUCCACCUUGUUUAGAAGUUGUUACGUGGGUAGAUUUUAAAGAUCCUCAGUUAUUAUCUCACAAUCAGUUGGCUGCUUUUCGUAACCUCUGUACAUCCGAUGGUAACAAAUUAACACAUAAUUUCCGACCGGUACAACCUUUAUCAGAUCGACUGGUUUAUCAUAAUAUAUUUAAUGCAAACAACGACGUACCAAUAAACAAUGAAAAUGGAAAAAAUAAGCACAACGGUGGACAUUAUAUACGUAGCGAUAUAACUAUGUUGAUACUCUUUGUCGUUUCAACACUUUUCGCAACAAUCUAAAUAUAAAAAAAUGUGUAUAUCUAGUCAUAGCGUAUAAUAAUUGCACUUCCUCAGAGUUUACGGAGAAGAUUAUUUUAUAGAAUUAAAAUUAUAUAAAUUAUUUUAUUCGGAUGAUAAUAGAUCGUUAUCGUUAAAAUGUCACGUAUGAUUCCUGAUACUUGUUUUAAUAACUCUGACGAUAUAUAUAUAUAUAUAUACAUAUAUCUUUAUUUUUUUAAAUGAUUUUAAAUGAUAUCUAUUCAAUCAAUUGUGCACAUGAUAUGUAUGCUUUCAUAUUUUCAUCAUUUUUAUUCAUAUUUUGUGACAAUUAAGUUUACAAAAUAAAAAAAAUAAAUAAAUAAAUAAAUAAAUAGAAUCCA